AUGGAAGAUAAGAGAGAGCUUUUGAAGCAACCUUUACAUGGGAUAUAUAUUCCUAUUCUUCUUAUUCUCGGAGGUACAUUAAUCUUUGGGGUUGAAUACUUACCAUAUAGUAUAGCAUUCAUAGUUAUAGUUGGAAGUUCAAAAAUUUAUCAAGCAUGGAGUAGAAGAAGUUCAUUAGAUAAAACUGUUUGGAGAGAUUUUGAAUUAAUCGAUAAAACUAUUAUUGGUCCAAUGACAUCUAUUUAUAGAUUUAAAUUAAAUAGAGAAGAUGAAAUUUUAGAUAUUCCAACGGGUCAUCAUGUAGCUUGUUGUUUUACAAUUGAUGGUAAAGAUGAAGUUAGAUAUUAUAGUCCAAUUUCAAAUCAAUUUGAUGCAGGAUUCUUUGAUAUUCUUGUUAAACAUUAUGAAAAGGGUAAAGUUACAAAAAGAUUAGCUCAAUUACAUGAAGGUCAAACUGUUAAAUUUAGGGGUCCAUUUGGUAAAUUAAACUAUGAAUCAAAUGUUGCAAAACAUUUAGGUUUAAUUGCUGGUGGUUCAGGUAUAACUCCUAUUUUACAAGUAAUUACAAAGAUUAUUACAACUCCUGAAGAUAAUACUAAAAUAACUUUAUUAUUUGCUAAUGAAACUGAAAAGGAUAUUUUAUUAAAAAAUGAAAUUGAUGAAAUUGCUAAAAAGUAUCCUGAUUUUGAAGUUCAUUAUACUUUAACUUAUCCACCUAAAUCUGAUUGGAAUGGUGAAACAGGUUAUGUUUCUAAAGAAAUGAUUACAAAGUAUAUGCCUCAAGUUCUGCUUGAAAAUAGAAUUUAUAUUUGUGGACCUCCAAAUAUGAAAAUAUCUGUUCGUCAACAAGCUGAAGAAUUAGGUUGGGAAAAGGAAAAUAUUUUCUGCUUUUAA